GUUCCAUUGUUCUAAAAGCGAGUUCAUAUUUUCUUGAUAAGAUUUUAUGUCACUGAGAAUCUACAACGAUAACAUAUGAAAAGAUGGAGAGCGAAAAUAGUAUAAGUCUCAAUGCGCAGUGCUACUGCAAAUCUCUCCAUUUCACUCUCACGCUUCCCACCUCCGCUCUCCCUCUGUCAGUUCAUCUUUGCCAUUGCAGUGUUUGCCGAUAUACCCAUGGUACCAUGUGUAUUUUCCACGCUCCAUUGCCAGCGAACGUCGCUCCUCAAUUUGUCACUCCAUCGGGUCUCGACAAGCUGACAGCCUACACAUGGCCCGGGGGCAAGGGCAUACGGUAUUUUUGUUCCACGUGCGGAUGUCAUAUGGGUGAUGUCUCCCCUGACGAUGGUACGUGGGUAAUAUCCACGUCUUUCUUCGCAAAAGACGAAUCCAUUUUUCAAAUCAAGACACACGUCUUUACCGAGUCUGCUUUGGGUGGAGGUUUGAAUGAUUGGCUUCCCCAGAUUGGGAAUCGGAAAAUGAAAACAUGGAAUCCGGACGACGGCUCUGCAGUUCCUGUUCAGCCACAGAUUGAACAUGGAGCUGAUGGUCAGGAGGAUCGUCUCCGAGCUCAAUGCCAUUGCGGUGGCGUCUCGUUCACCAUUCCCCGCCCAAAUAAAGAAGUGCUAACUAAUCCUGCCAUGAAAUCAUUUGUCUCCCCGAUCGACAAAACCAAAUGGGUUGCCUGUCUCGACAUGUGUGACGACUGUCGGCUGACUACCGGGUCACACCUUGUAGCAUGGACAUUUAUCCCUUUGGAUCAAUGCGAACCGAAAAUCAAGCCGGAUCUCCUGAUAGGAACAAGCAAGACGUUCAGAUCCUCUACCGAUGUCCUCCGAUCAUUUUGCGGUCAGUGUGGGGCUACUGUAUUUUUCUCAUAUGCAAAAGAGGCCAAAAAUAUUGCGGAUGUUGCUGUUGGCAUUCUGAGAGCACCCGAGGGUGUCAAGGCGGAAAAUUGGUUGACAUGGCGGACCGGUCGUAUUGCAUGGUAUAAGAGCGGCUUGCGGUACGACGAGGCAUUAGCAAUGUCGUUGAGUCAAGGUUUGGCAGACUGGGGAAUGGUAAAGUAUGGUCAAAAUCUGGAUUUUGAGAUUGGUUCCUAGUCUCUCAGAUCAAUUUAUGUUUGAAUUUGUCAUCUAUAUGCAAAAACCCAAACAGCCAUAUUUUGUUCAUG